AUGGCGUCUCAGAAUUUGUUGAACACUUACUCAGGACCCGAUGCUCUCCGCAAGUACUUCGAUCCUGACUGUCAACCCCUGCUACCACUCGUUGAACUUCCCGCAUCACUCAACCCAUUCUAUCAAGAUGGGGUGCGUAUACACGCCAAAUUGAUGUCUAUGCAUCCAGCGAACAAUGUGAAAAUCAUGCCAGCAAUGAACAUGCUAAACAAAGGUGUAAGCCCCGAAAACACAAAGUCGGUAGUCGAGUACAGCUCUGGCUCCACGGUCAUAUCGUUAGCCCUGGCUUCUCGUAUCAACCAUAAUGUUCAAGACGUUCGUGCCUACCUGAGCAACAAGACCUCCAGGUCAAAGCUUAGACUAAUGCAAUUCUUCGGUCUGGAUAUUACUCUUUUUGGAGGACCAUCGCAACCAGACCCGCGUGAUGAGCGGGGUGGCAUACAACAAGCUAGGGCUCUGGCGCAGGAUAAUUCAACCAUCUUGAAUCCCAAUCAAUAUGAAAAUGAUGCUAAUUGGCAAGCACACGUCAAAUGGACUGGACCGCAGAUUCACAAGCAGCUCCCUAGCAUUAACGUACUAUGCGUUGGCAUGGGCACAUCAGGUACGAUGACCGGUCUUGGACAGUACUUCAAGAACAACAAACCAUCUGUUACACGGCUAGGAGUGUGCACUGCUGCAGGUGAUCGCGUGCCUGGCCCUCGAUCCCUCGCCCUUCUUGGUCCUGUCGAGUUCCCAUGGCGUGACUCUGUUGAUUUCAUCGAAGAAGUGGGCUCUAAAGACGCUUUUAAUCUUUCGUUGCAGCUCUGUCGUGAGGGCCUAAUCUGCGGCCCUUCAUCUGGCUUCAAUCUCCAAGGACUUCUCAGCUUCCUCCAGAAGCGCAAAGAUGCCGGCACGCUCAAAUAUCUUGCGGGCUCAACCGGCCUCAUUGACUGUGCCUUCAUCUGCUGCGACUUGCCAUAUCAAUACGUAGAUGAGUACUUCGACAAGCUCGGUGACAAGGCCUUCCAUCCCAUACACAACCAGAACCUCACCACCGUCGACCUCUACCGCUACGACGAAGCAUGGGAGCUCAACCCAACCCAAGCCCUCGAAUCCUUCACAAACGACACCACGACACCACCCGCCAUCACCCUCGUCGACCUCCGCAAACCAGACGACUUCGCCCUAGACCACAUCCCCGGCUCCCACAACCUCCCCCUCCAAACCGCCAACGCAUCCACCCCAAGCCCCUUCUUCGCCGCCCACGUCCUCGAAGCCCAGUGGAAAGAACUAGAAACGACAUUCACAAACGAGCGUAUCGACGCACACGAGCUAUCCGGUAAGAACGUAUGUGUGAUUUGUUACAAUGGUGAUACAGCUCGAGUUGCUACUAGUAUCUUGCGAGCCAAGGGCGUUGCGGCGAAUAGCAUCAAAGGAGGUAUCCAAGCUCUACGCCAGGAUCUGCCGCACUUGCUGCAGAGUACUCGGGGCAGACGCACAGUACAGUCUGGAUAUAAGCAUGCGGCGAAUGUUGCGGUGCAGGAAGUUAGGGCGGAUUCGUUGUCGCCACGAGCAUGGGGGCGGACUGAUCUAGAUCAGGUUGUUGUGUGA